AUGUUUGCAAAUAACAAAGUUUGUCUUUAUAAGGAGUUACACGAGAGAGGCCAUCAGAUUUCAACCGUACUGCGUACAAGGGAUAUACAAAAACUGAAGUCGAUUGUUGAAGAUUAUCAAUUGUGCGGUGAAUUCACUCCAGAAUUUUAUACUUGCCUGUUUAAAUUGUGCGAUAGGCAAGAAUCUGAUGAUGAAAUGUUACAAAUCAUGCUGGGGUGCAACAAAUUCGAUGUGAAUAAGAAACAAAGUAAUGGAGAGACAAUCGUACGUGCCCUGAGUCGUAAUAACUACUAUCAAUGGGUAGAACAUUUAAUCAAGGCUUUUCCGAAUCUCGAUGUGAAUGCACUUUGCAAAGAAAUGGAGACUCCGUUUCUGCUUGCAGCAGAGUUCGGACAUAUCAAAGUCUUGGAGGUUUUAGACCCCAUCGUUGAAGAUAUAAGCUGUUGCGAUGUAAAGCAAUUUAGUGUGUUGCAUUUGAUGGCCAAGCAUGGAAGCUUGAAAUGGGUAAAGUACUUGACAGAAGAAAAGGCAUUUGAAGUUGAUCAGAAAAAUGCCUAUGGUGAUACUCCACUGAACGGAGCCAUUACGUUCAGACAGUAUGAAUGUUGCCGAUAUUUGUUAAAAAUGGGCGCAAACGUGCUUGGAAUUGAUAUGGAUGGAAGAACACUCUUGCACACUGCCAUUUUUGGGGGACAUUUAAGAUGUUGUAAUGUUGUGUUGAAACAUUAA